AUGUCUCUUCUGACAAGGCCAGUUGAAGAGCUCUUAAGAUAUAUCUUGACAAGAAUCCAUGGAGGAUUGCUAUUAGGAGAGCUAGAUCACAAUCAUUUUCAGGCUAAAGUAACUGAUGGAAUUUAUAUAAACCAUGCUAAAUUAAUUUAAAAUUAUUAUAUAUUUAUUUAAAAUAAAUAAAGGUUAAUUUAGGUAAAUAUAUUAUCUGAUCUAAAUCUUAACCCGCAUUCAAUUAAUCAAAAUCUUGCAGAAAGUAUUGUACAUCUUACUAAAGCACGGAUAUCAAGCAUACAUAUUCUUACUUACUUACUUAGUUACAUAGUUUUUAAGGUGUCUAGUGCCCACACCCCUUAAUGAAAAAGGGUCAAAGCGACAACUAGUGACGUCACCAAGCCAUCUUGGAAUAUGUGGUCAGCCCACACCCAAGCCUUCUAUAAGGCUAGUCGCCAGAUAAAUCGCCGCACAUCUCACCCGGCGCGUUGCCGUCGCUCGUCCAGACUCAGCUCCUGCGCGUGUUCCCGCCUAAGGGUCAUCCUCCCGUGGGGACGUGCUGAGAGGUAAAACUCCGAAAUCUUGAGUGCACUGAGGAGUCGUGCCUUUGGUUAUCCCCAAAGUUAAACGACUAUUGCUGUGCAGAAGUUCUCGAGAGAAAACCCAACCCCAUAAAUAAAAUUCCAUGAGGGAGAGAAAAUUGGCAGAGCCAAUUUCUCUCGAACCGAAUGCCAUUUUAUUUAUCCAAGCAUACAUAUUCACUUUCCUUCUAUCAUCAACAUUAUGGGCGGGCCUAUAUCGGUACAAAUCCGUGAGGUUUUAAUCGAACUUUGCAGUGCUGGGGACUCUGGGUUUAGUGUAAUAAAAAAUAUUCCUAGUAUUGCUCCUACUGAAUGUGAAGAAGAACAAGGAGUCACAUUAAUGACAAAAGCAAUAGGAAAUUUGUUAUCAAAUAUCAUAUUUGAGAUAAGUGUAGUAAAAAUAAGAGUUAGAGCUAGGCCAGAAGACCCGGAUUAUGUAUAGAAUUUAUAAUAAAUAAUGAUUUAUUAUAAAUUUAUGAUGUUUUUAUAUAAAUUAAGAUAAUGGCAUACAAUUUAUGAUACCAAGAAUUACUUUGACUGACGUUAAUAAAGAAGGAUCAAUCAGCAUACAGAAAUUAUUGAGAAUUGGAGGAAUUAGAAUUAGCAUGAUGAAAGGAGAAAGAGAAAUUUAUGAUCCUAGUGAUUAUUCUAAUAUAUGUGUAUUGGAAAAUGAGAUUGAAGCUAGAAUUGUGAUCUCUAAAGAGAUGCUAUUUGUGGAUUGCAUUAUGGAUGCUAUAAAUGUACUCAUGAGCCCUGAGCAGCUAAGAAUUGUAUUAAAUAUUUUGAUGAAUUUAAGGAAAAGCGACUUAAUUGAACAUAAAUAAAAUGGUAUUCGGUUCGAAGGAAAUUAGCUCUGCUAGCUCUCUCCUCAUGGAAUUUAUUUAUGACGCUUGGCUUUAUCUAGAGAACUUCUUCAUAGCAACAGCGGUUUAACUUUGGGGAUAGCCAGAGGAGCUGCUCUAAAGUACAACCAGAGGGCUCAGGAUUUCACCAUUUAGCGCAUCAGAAGAGGAUUACCCUUACUCCCCCCCCCCCCUCCGUGAGCGAACAAAAAAAUUUUGUUCGCUCACGGAGGGGGGUUAAUUUUUUUUUUUAAAAAAAAAUUUUAUAUAUAAAUUUUAUAAAAAAUAUUUUUUUUCGAAAUUUAAAAAAAAAUCCUAAUUUGCAAAAAUUUGGGAAGCAAAUAUUAAUUUAAUUUGCAAAAUUUAUGUUUUAAAACGCAAUUUGUUUAAAAUUAAACAGAAUUAGCUCUAGAUUUCAUUAUACUAAUUAUCACUUAUAUAUCAAAAUUUUUUUCCAUUAAAAUUUUUUCUAUUAAAAAAAUUUUUGUUCACUCACGGAGGGUGGGUUUUUGGUCAAAAAAUGGCGAUUUUUCUAAUGGUUUUGUUCGCUCACGGAGGGGGGGGGGGAGUUUAGGCGAAUUAUGUGCAGGAGCUGAGUCAGGCAAUAGCGACAGAAUCGCAUCGGGUAAGAAGUGCUGGCCAGUUAUUUGAGAUAGUCCGACCUUUUGGGAUGGAGAUACUUGUAACGCCACUAUUUUGGCUUUGUCCCUUGGGUGUGAGUGUGGCAUUAGACACCUUAAAUAUUUAUAUUAAUGCUAUGUAUAUAACUUAAUUGAACAUGUUGGGAAAAGUUUUUUAGAGGAAGCUUAUGAAGAAUUUGAAGAAGAAAUCAAAGAAAGCGCUCAGUCACCGAUAAUGAGUCACAAUCAAGAGAAAACUGUCAAAUUUCAAUUAAAAUCUUUAGUUGUGGGGCUGCUAUGUGAUGAAACUAUUCCUUUUAGAAAAAAAUGAGAAUAUUCAGACGGGCCUUAUCCAGCACUGCCUGAGUCACAUUUUUUGUUAAAAAUUGGGAAUAUUAAAUUUGUAGCUUCCCACAACAUGUCGCUUAUCCCACUUUCAUAAUGAGUAAAACCAUUUGAAAAAAUCCUAACAUUUUGAGGAAAUUACUCAUUGAGUAAUAAAUUUUAUAUUUAAAUUUUAAUUCAAAAUGUUUAAGACCAAAAAAAUUAUGCUUAAAAAAUUAUAAGGGAGGUUAGGAUUAAAGACGGAUUUUUAAAAUAUUUUCAUCUUGCCAAUACACAAGCUCUUGAAUCCUCCUCAAUUUAUCAAUCAGCACGACAAUCAUUUUUCCCUGACUUCUUUAUGGGAAAAAACCCAAACUCCGGCUUUUGGGCUGCAGAUAUAAACACUCAGCAUUUUUGUACUAAAAAUAUCAUAUAUUUUCACAAGUCCGCAAGAGAUAUUCCUAUGUCUCCAGGUGUUAUAUUAAAGCAAACAAAAGAAGAUAUUGAAAUAAAAAUUAACCGAAAUGACAUAUAUGCUAAAAUUGCUAUGACACGUAUAAAUUUAGACACAAUUACAAUUUUUAGGCUAAAGCAGCUACAAUCCCUCUUUGAAAAUCACCAUAGAAACCACUCACAGUCCUCUAAAACUCUAGUUAUAGAAAUUCCUAUGAUUUUCUGUGAAUACCAAAAUAACGAAUUUUCAGGGCCAAUCAAUGAGAUGUGCUGCUGCAACGAAAAAUAUUGAAAAAUCACGACUGAGCUCAAACUGGUGAAAAUCAUCAAAAAAGAAAAAUUAGAAGUAAAUUUAGCAGAAGCUAUCAUAAAUAUUUUGAAGGAUAAUGAAAUCUUAAAUAUCGUAAGAAUUUAUCAUAUUAAAUUUGAUAGGCAGCUUCAAGAAGAAAACCAUGAAGAAGUGCUAGAAGAGCAUAAAGAAAACCCUUCUAUGAGAUAUUAUAUUCCUCGCCAAGGAACAGUUGUGAUUACUAAAAAUGUAAAAACUUCUGAGCCUUAUUCAUCAAUUGCUGAGGAUUCCUUUGUUUUUGAGCCUCUCUCAAGAAGCAUGCUACAAGAAGAUUUAUGAAAAGGCCGUGCAAAUUAUUUAAACUCUAUCGUUUCUACAUCAAUAGAAAUUUUUGUAGACUCAAAUAGCUUAUUAUUAUUAAGCCAAUUAAUACCAAUCAGUGAUAAAAAGCCAUCAUUUGAUAAAAAAGAAUCAUGGAAUAUCCAAAUCAGAGAAAUUGCUUUAAAUUUGUGCUCAAACAAUGCACAUGUUAAUUGAAAUUAUCCUCAGCCUAAUUCAAUGCAAUCAUGCUAUACUCUUGAUGCAAGCGUAACCAAAACAAUUGAUCCUAUUGUUGGCUGCCGGAUUCCGACAGUUUCAGUGAAAUUUAAAGAAAUUGAAAUUUUUCUGCUAAAAAAUUGUGUGUCUGGGAAAGAAAUUUAUUUUAGCACUGAAGUAAAAUCUCUUGAUGGGUAUUAUGGAGAUAGUAACCUUAUUUAUUCAAUUGAUAAAAAUCCUGUAUUAUUUACCUUUGAAAAAGACCAAGAAAAUGAUUGUAAAAUUAUGCUGCAGAAUAUUCUUAUUUGUGCUGAUAAUUUUGUGAGUAUUUUAGAAUUUAUUAAAGAAUUUGAAAUAAAAAUCCCAAAAAGAGACAACACACUGACUAAGCUUCAUUUAUUAUUUAAAAAUUUAUAUGUGAGCUAUAAUAUAAAAGAAGCAAGGGCAUUUAUAUAUAUAGAAGAUUUAGCUUUAUGAAGUAUGCUGGGGUCUCCUAGUUCUAUAGGUCUACAUUCAAAACUAGGCUCUUUACGUCUUUAUUUGCAAUGCCCUGUUCCUUUACGCAUACAUCAUCCAAUUUUAUCAGCCCAGUUAAACCCUAUCCAGCUUGACCGUUUUUUGCAGUCCCAAAAAUUUGUAUUAAGCUUAUCAAUGGACUCAAUUGAAUUUUUCAUGACAAUAAUCCAUAAAGAUAAACACUGCCACCCUUCAGACGACUCUGACCAAUGCCCACCAUUUCUAGAAUGCUUAAUUGGAUCAGACCAAUGCACCUCAAUCUCCAAUAAAAUUUUCAUAAGUGAAGAAGUCAGAAACUGCAUAUUAAAUGAAGAAUUAUUGGAAAUUCAUGCAAAUUUUGGAUGCGUUAUUUUCCAUUUAUGCAAAGACACGAUUAGUGUGCUAAGCAAAUUUAUUAGCCUACCAAAUGAUGAAGAGCCUAUAGAAAUGAUGAGGAAAGAUUCAGAUUUAAGCAGUGAUGAUUCGGAUACAUAUCCUGUGCAGAUAACUGGGCUAACAAUUAAUCCGAAUAGGCCUGAUGAGCUGAAAAAUAUUAAUUUACAAGACUAUUUGUCGCCUGAGUUUAGGUCAAAAGAAGAAGAAAAAGUACUGAAAAAACCUCUAACUCCCCCUCCAUAAGCGAAACCAUUGGAAAAAUCCUGCUUUUGAUCAAAAACCCCGCGUAAACAAAUGUUUUUAAUAUAAAAAUUUUUGAUAUAUAAUGAUAAUUAUUAUAAUAAAACCACUAUAACUCAUGCAGCUUAAUAGAUCUCUAUACCCCAGCAGAAUACCGAUCAGAAAAAAUAUGGUACAGGGCACCUGACUUAUACAGUAUAAGUCUAAUUAGACACCUUAAAACCAUAAACGGAGAUUUGUCAUUUUCAUUUUUCUUUUCAAAAAAAGUUGACAAGCACAAAUUAAUUUUGGAAAUUAAAAUGGGAUGGCCAAUAAUGAUCUACAAUGUUUCAGGGGCUAGCUAAUUUUUUUGAAUUUUAAACAACUUGCAUCUAAAGCAUAAAUUUUACUAAUCAAAUUAAUUUUUGCUUUCCAAUUUUUACGAAUUGAGAUUUUUUUAAAUUUGAAAAAAAAAUUUACAAUAAUUUGUGUAUAAAUUUUUAAACAAAAUUAACCUCACUCUAUAAGCGAGCAAAUUUUUGCGGUCUCUUAUGGAUGGAUGGGAGGAGUAAGGAAAUCUGUAAGAAAGUCACAGAUAAUUCAUACUCAUGUAGAAAUUCCGAAUAUAGUGAAAUCGAAUACUGUGGAGUCAGAUUUCCAUCAGCUAAAGCCUGCUCAUGGGUUUCCAACAAUACGGGCGUCUAUGUGUGUAUUUUAUUUGUGUAUAAAUGUUUAUUCAGGAAAUGAUUUUACUGGAAAGUCUCGACAUGGGUCACUGAGGAAUCCAUAUAGUUCUAUACAGGUAAAAAGUGAAAAUCUUGGGCUAACGUUUUCAAAAUUCCCAAAAAAGCUGCACUAUUCUUGAAGAUUAGCUUUAACAGCUGAAGAAUUUGAAAUUUUAGAUUUAUGCUAUUAUCAAAGAUCUAAUAUAACUGCUUUAAACAAAUAUUUAUUUUUUAAAAAAAAGUAAUAAUUUACACGCAUAAAACAAACCAAUUUCACCAUAAUGAAAUAAUAAGAAACAGCGCUGUAAAUAAACUUUUGCAAUUCGAUAGUACAAAAAUCAGAGAAAAAAACUCCCAUUUAUUUCAAUUAGAAGUUUCAGCUGUCUGACCUCGACCCACCUACUCAAGUGACAUUGAAUUUAUAAUUUCCUCCAAACUUCUUCCUCUAAAAGUCAACAUUGACCAACAUUUCGUCGAGUUUUGUCUAGAUUUAGCUAACUGAAAGCCAGAAGAGCAAGUUUCAAUGCGAAAAACCGCCACAGUUCCAGGACAAAUAAGUCCUCAGCAAUCCGAAAAUCCCAAAAAACUUUAUAUCCAAAAAAUGACAAUAGAAAAAAUUGAAAUAAACCUUGACUACAUCCCACACAGUAUUGGAGGAAGGCACCCCGGGGCAAAUAUCUUAAAUAUAUUCCAAAUAGAAGGAUUUAAUUUAAUGCUGCCUAAAAUCGAAAUAAAAGGAUCUAGAGAUUUACAGCAAGCUAUAUUAAAAGCUUGGAAAUUUUGGUUUAAACAUAUAUGCGAUAAAGAACUUGUAAAAUUAAUUUCUGGGCUAGGACCAAUGACAACAUUGACCAAUCUAGGCGCGGCACUUUAUGAUGUUAUAUCUUUGCCUUAUAAUUCAGAGUCAGCUGUAGAUGGAACCAAGCAAGCACUUGUUGGGCUUGUCAAAACUUUUUCGAUUGAAAGUAUUAAGCUUGUGGAAACGUUUAUGAGUGGAGCUUAUUCGAUUUUACAAGGGUUUGGGAAUGCGGCUGGAAUUAAAAUGCCGUCAAAGCAAGCGCUAGUUAGGCCUCUCCAAAAUAUUCAGACUGCUGUAAGAGUUAUUUAGGUUGAUAGAAAUCAAAUUGAAGCUCACCACAAUAAGUAUAGAGGAUAA